ACAACAGGUGUGAAUCCGCAAUUGCUUCGGGGGUCAGACACCGGUGUAUACAUCGGUUUCUCCACAUUCGGAAUGCCUGACUGUAUGCCAGAAGACGUUCAGCCGGACUCACAGAAUAAUCUGUUCGACACACUGUUAUGGCUGCCCGGAUCUGCCAAAUGCCUGUACGCCAACCGCAUCUCAUUUGUGUUUGACUUCAAGGGUCCGUCACUUAUCAUCGACACCGCCUGUUCCUCCAGUUUGGUUGCACUCAACGCCGCUAUGAAUGACUUGAGAUUAGGCAAGUGUCGUCAGGCGAUAGUCGGCGGAACCCAACUGUGUCUUCAGCCGUUCACGAAUCAGAUCUUUCAGACGACAUCACUUAACUCGAGUGAAGGCAUACCAAAAGUGUGGGACGAAAAGGCGGACGGCUUUGUGAGGGGAGAGACCGUGUCGUGUAUUUUACUUCAACGAAAAUCGGAUGCAAAGCGUAUUUACGCCACUGUUUUGAACUCUGGAGUGAAUAUCGAUGGAAACAAACGGAUGGGAAUGUUUUUCCCCUCAGCCGAGAGUCAGGAGGAACUGAUGGUUCAGGUGUACAGUGAGGCCAGUAUUGAUCCCUUGAAGGUAAACUACUUUGAAGCGCACGCCACCGGCACUAAGGUGGGAGACCCCCUCGAAGCCAAAGCCAUUUACAAUGCCUUCUGCUAUAAACCUAAACGUGAAGGAGUGCUACCCAUAGGACUCGUUAAGAGCAAUAUCGGACACUCGGAGGGCGCGUCGGGUAUGGCUUCGGUGGCUAAAGUGUUGUUGGCUUUUGAAAAUGAAUGCAUUCCCGCGAAUCUUCACAUGAAGACUAUUAAGAGCAGUAUAAGAGACUUGUGUCCACCACUUCAACCCAUAACUGAGAAAAUGAAAUACACUCCCGGAAUCGCUGGUGUAAACAACUUCGGUGUCGGGGGAGUGAAUGCAACCGUUUUACUCGAACCCAACUAUAAGGUGUCCGAUGCGGACAGUCUUAAGAUCGCGGACACAAUCCCGAGAAUUGUGAACAUCUGUUGCCGAACCGAAGAGGCGUUGAAUGAAUAUUUCAAUUUCAUUGAGAAAAAUGCCGAUAAAAUAAGCCGAGAUUUCCUCUCACUUUUGGCCGAAACAAUGCGAGUCAGUCCUCGACUUAAUUCAAAUGGGUUUCCGUACAGAGGCUCAAUGUUUAUCAAACAAAUCAAUAAUAAUCAAUACCAGUAUAGGAGGCAGUCAUCAUUCUUUACACAAAGAUUAAGACCGGUUUGGUUUCUAUUUCCCGGUUUGGGCGGACAAUGGGUUGGAAUGGCUAAGGCUUUGAUGCCAAUCAAGAUAUUCGCCGAUAAGAUCGAUGAAUGCCAUGAAGUACUCAAACCCUAUAACAUAGACUUAAAACAUCUCUUAUUAUCUGAUGACAAGAAUUCAAUGUCUAAUAUGACGAACAAAUUCUGUGCCACAACUGCUAUAGAAAUAGCAUUAUGUGAUGUUAUCCUCGCUCUCGGUAUUACUCCCGACGGUAUUAUUGGCCACUCUUUUGGCGAAAUAGCGGCCGCUUAUGCGGACGGAUGUCUUGACACACGAGAAGCACUUUUGAUGGCAUAUUAUAGAGGAGUUGUGACCGAAAGUGAUAAAAAGUUACCAAAAGGACUGAUGGCUGUCGCGGGUCUCUCGUGGACUGAAGCGAAAAAAUUAUGUCCGAUGGGAGUGAAUCCCGUCUGUAAUAAUGGAUUGGACACAAUUGUACUGUCGGGUUUAUACAAUGAAAUGAAACAAAUGGUCGAAGACUUGACCAAAAAGGGAAUAUUUGUUCGCGAACUCCAAAGCAAUGAUAUUCCAUAUCAUAGCGAAUAUCUCAUUACAUCCGCGAAGAAACUAACCGAAGAACUCAAGAAAGUAGUUCCCAAUCCUAAGCCUCGGUCUAAGAAGUGGAUUUCAACCGCAGUUAUAGAAUCGGAACCCAAAGAUGAACUCAGGACCGCAUCGGCCGAGUAUUUUGUCCAUAAUCUCAUAUCUCCCGUCUAUUUCUACAACAAAUUCAAACACUUGCCAUCGGAUGCCCUCAUCCUUGAGAUCGGACCGCACGGGCUGUUCGGCAAAGUAGUGAAGGAAACACUAGAAUCGGGUACUUAUGUGUCGCUCAUUAAAAAGGAUUCAAACGACACAAAUCUAGAUAUGUUUUUACAAUCAAUCGCAAGGUUAUAUGAAUUAGGGCUCAAUCCUUUGAUUGAGAAGUUGUACCCUUCAGUCCAAUGGCCGGUCGCCAGGAAUACCCAAUCAUUGAGUUCUUUGAUUCGUUGGGAUCAUAAGGACUCGUAUUUCGUUAAAAAAUAUCCCGACUUUCACUUCCGGUCGACGGCUUCCGACUUGAAUGAAGUGAUUUACAUGAGUCGAGCUCUGAAGUCCUUUUUGCCCGAACACGUGAUCGACGGCAAUGUGUUAUAUCCGGCGACUGGUUAUCUGAUGCUCGCCUGGAAACGAAUGGCCGCCACUUAUGGCCGCAUUUGGAAUCAGAUUCCAGUGAUCUUCGAAGACGUUCAGUUCAGACGAGCCAUCUUUCUGUCCGAUUCCGAGGAGACACGAAUCAAAGUCAAAUAUCAGGAACAUUCAGGCGAGUUUGCAAUCUAUGAAAGCAAUCACAUCUCAUGUGUGGGCAAAAUCAGGACUACAGAUGAGUAUUGUCUAAAUGUUCAGCACUUGUUAAUCGAUAACAAUAAGAAUGACUUUGAGGUUGAGAUCAAAGCGAAAGACAUCUAUAAAGACCUGAAAAUUCUUGGCUAUGAUUACGGACCAAAGUUUCGUAAACUGGUGUCCAUUCGGUCGAAAAACUUCAAAACACUGGAGGGAGAGAUCGAAUGGGACGGAAAUAUGAUCACAUUCUUGGACUCGUUGUUGCAAACGAUGGCAUUGGGACAGCCCUUCAAGAAGAUGAUGGUUCCGGUGAUGAUAAAGGCGUUGCGAUGCGAUCCCAAAGCGCUGUACGAAGGCGUGAGAGAGCAUAGAGUGGCCGAACAGAGAGACAUCGAUCUGUUGAGUGACGAGACGUACGAUCACGUGAUGGACGACAACAUGAAACUCAAAGACGACGUGAUUAUGGAGAGCGUUAUGGACUCACAAAACAUCGAUGUUAUCGAAGAGUUGUUUAGCAAAGAGUUUCAUAUUUACAAAUCCGUUCUCCCAUUUCAUGUGGACAUCAAUUCACGAAUGAUUGUCACUAAAGGCGUCGAAUUGGAGGACUUGAUGGGCCUUCCGAUGCCCCGCAAGACUAAUGUUCAAGACUUAAAACUAGAGUCCUAUCAAUUCGUGGCCAAUGAAGAGAAUAUGGCUGUCGAUGAAUGCGUUAAGAAUAGUGUCGAAGAAUAUGUUAAGGUCUCAAAGAAUGAGCACUUGAUUCGCUCUCUUCUGGAUAUUGUCAGUGAGAAUAAUGUCCCCAAAAAAGAGAUCAGAGUUUUAGAAAUCAAUUUAACAAAUGGUCUGAUGGCCAGAGAAGUGGACAAUCAUUUGGCUUCGGCUGCUAUUUAUCCAAUUGAUGUCAACUAUACUAUUGCUCUCAAAUCUAUUGAUGGCAUUCACGACGACUAUAGGAAUAAGUCAUUCAAACUGAUGCAAUGGAGUCCUAAACAAAACUCUUCUUUGUAUAAUUGA